GAGUCUUCUUCUUGCGCCAGCUCAGUUUUGUGAUAUUUUCAGCGUGACCUGUCUCCUUCAUUGAGUAUUCUGUAUCACUAACAUUCUUUGAAUCUCAACCUGAUAAGUCUACAACUUGAGAGCGACCCACCAUGGAUGUUCAGAAACUCUUCGACGUGAAGGGCAAAGUAGUGCUGGUCACUGGCGGUGCCAAAGGCAUCGGCCGCAUGAUCUCGGAAGGUUAUGUAACCAACGGCGCCACCGUCUAUAUUUCCUCGCGAGAUGCGAAGGCCUGCGAGAAGGCUGCCAGUGAGCUCAAUGCGCUUGGCAAGGGCAAGGCCUAUGCUAUCCCCGCCAAUUUCUACCAGGAGGAAGACAUCAAGAAAUUGGUAGAAGAACUCGCCAAGCGAGAGAGCAAGCUCCAUAUCCUUGUCAACAAUUCGGGAUCGAAUUGGGGCGCCCCGUAUGAUGAGUACCCGUCUUCUGCAUGGACGCGAGUCCUCACCCUCAAUCUCCACCGGGUGUUCGACCUGACCAAGCUGCUCACCCCGCUGCUGGAAAAGGGCGCUGCGCCUGGUGACCCGGCUCGGGUCAUUAACAUCGGUAGCAUCGAUGGAUUGAGAGUCCCGGCGCUGGAGACCUUUGCCUACAGUGCUAGUAAAGCUGGCUUGCACCAUCUGAGCCGAGUCUUGGCUAGUCAUCUUGGUAGGAGGAAUAUCACGUCGAAUACUCUGGCUUGUGGUCCUUUCCAGAGUAAGAUGAUGGCUGCCACCCUGGAGGCGCAUCGGGAGUCCAUUGAGGGGAAUAUUCCUCUGGGUCGUAUCGGAACCCCGGAGGAUGUGGCAGGGGCUUGUCUGUUCUUGGGUAGCCGGGCUGGCUCAUAUAUAAACGGAGCUACUAUCACUGUUGACGGUGGUAGUGCUGUUGCUUCCAAGCUGUAGUUAGUAUGGUUGAUGUUUUCAAAGUAUGCAAUGGAAC